AUGGCCGAUGCCAGGAAGGAGGUAUGGAGAACCGCGCUCGUACUCUUCGUGGGGCAGCUCCUUUCCCUUCUCAUGGCGGUCACGAGCUUCACUUCCUCCCUAAUCGCCAAACGCGAUGAGCCUCCACCCUCCCGCUUCUUCUUCUUCUUCUUCUUCUUCUGAGAAUCAAGUCUGAGAUUUGAUCUCCUUCUCGCAGGCGUUGACACGCCGCUCACCCAGUCCUUCUUCACCUACGUCUCCUUAACUCUGGUGUACGGCGCCGUCUUCUUGUUCCGUCGCCAAAAGCUACUGGUAUGACCGACACCGGAUUCUACCCCUUUUCCAGAGAGAGUUUUUCAUUCCGUCGCGGGUAUAGAUCGUUCGUUACGAAUGUACAUAUAUCCGUUCAAACGACGAGAUCGAUGACUGUGUGUGAUCUACGGAUCGAGAUCGGACGCGCGAGGCCGCAUCGGAUUUGGCAUUUGACAGCUCUCUCACCGCUCGGAACUUUUUUCGCAGGUUCCUUGGUACUGGUACCUGGCCUUGGCGAUCGUCGACGUCCAAGGGAACUACCUCGGUGAUUCUCUACCCAUCAAGAAACUUCUUCUCCUUUGUGCUGUCGACGGCGCACAACACACCCUGCGAGUCCUGCUCUUUCUCAGAGCAGCAAUUUUUGCCCCAUAAACGAGAAAGCUCGGUCCUCUUGGCUAUCUACUUCCGAUCUGGUCUCUCGCCUUUGGCGGGAAACUGAGGGAGGGCUCCGAUUGCGGACCAUACAACAAUCAGAUGAUCCAUUUGAACUAUCGGUGGCAUCAACCGCUGCGAGACCAACCCCAUUUUUUGAAAAGUCUUCCCAAUCGACGGGGGAUUGCAGUCCUUCUCGAUUCCCACUGCUUCGAUGAGUUUUCAUCCGCUUGCUUAUUUAUCGCGCAGUCUCUCACUCUCCCUGACGCGUAGGUGUGAAGGCCUACCAGUACACUUCGAUUACCAGUGCGACGCUCCUGGAUUACUGGACCAUACCAUGGAUCAUCAUCCUCACCUGGUUUGCUCUGGGAACGCGAUACUCCAUUGCUCAGUUUCUGGGGGCGGCCACCUGCGUAGCGGGCCUGGGACUGGUGCUUCUCUCGGAUGCGUGGGACUCCACUGGUGGUGAGUGAGCUCUUCUCUUUUCUCUUCUUCAUCUUUUUUUUUUUGGUUUUAUUUGGGAAGAAGGAUCAAACAUGGAUUAUUUGAUCGAAGUGGCUCGGAUGAUGGACAGGGCAGUGAAUUUUAUGCUUGUAAUAGAAUCACAACCCGCGUCCAGAAGCGUCGCGGGGGCUCCCAGACUUCCUUCCCUGUCAUGGGUCACAACAGCUUUUUUUUUCUCUUUUGACAUGCACAAUCUUCGUCGUUGACCCUGUGUCUGUCUGUUUGUCUGUCUCAGGUGGGAAGAAACCCCUCUUGGGCGACAUGCUGGUCAUCGCGGGGACGUUUUUUUACGCAUUCAGCAAUGUUGGAGAGGUCAAAGAGACGACUUUCCUUGUCUGGGUUCCGUUUCUUCUGUUCUUUCUCGAUAUCAAGACUGUUACUCGGACUUCAACAGAUAUCAUACUUAACAUUAUUCCGAUCUUUCUUCCUCCUAAAAAUAUUGCUGAUGUUUAGGCAAGGACUGAUUGACCGAGGCGUGGGUAGUUAGUUACUGACUCCCAAUCGUGCUCCCCUCUUCUUUGCCAAAAACAAAUGCAGGAAUUUUGUGUGAAGAAAAAAGACCGGGUGGAAGUCCUGGCGAUGCUCGGUCUGUUCGGCACGCUCGUCAGCGUUGGCGAGAUGUAUCCUUUUGAAUUUUCUGAGCGAACACCGAAGAGGCAUGCUCAAGCUGCCCGGUUCCUCUGUCCUUCCCACGGCAUGCUCGAUCUCUAUACUUGAGCUAUUAAAUCAUCGGGCCAAGAGACAUAAUUCCGCUAAAACUGUGAUCGGGAACUGUAUUCAUCAACACAGUGCUGCGGCGGGCAAUCGACUGUGCUAUAUUCCAUGACCCUCUCGCAGAUCUGUGUUCGAGAGGAAGGAUCUAGAGGCGGUCAAGUGGUCUGCAACUAUGGUAAAUAGCUGACGAAUCUCUUCUAUCCUUCCUCUUUGUUUCCUACCCAGGAAUGCCGUGAAGGAGCGGAAUAGGUCCAUCUGUUUCGAUUUGUUCAGGACGGAAGGAAUGCUCUAAAAUUUCUGCAAAACUAGUCAAAGGAAGCUUUUAAUUGGAUCGCAUUGAAACCAUCCGACCGAUACUCUUUCUUCUCCAGAUAGCGCUGUUCGCUGUGUUUGCUAUUUCGUCAGUUCUGUUCUACAGAGUGAUGAUGUUUGUUAUCAAGGUCAUGUGAUCUACAGAUAGCGUUGUUCCCUUUGGACAUUUUCCGACUGUAAAUCGUCCUUGUCGAGGGCUCAAAAGCUUGGUCGCAGUUGAGCGGCGUGACCUUGUUCAGUCUAUCCCUUCUCACCUCGGACAUGUGGGCGAUAAUCAUCCGCAUACUCUACUACCAUCAGAAGGUCUGAAUCUCCUCCCCUCCGAGGCCAUGCUUCUUGAUCCAUAGCUCCUCUCCCUGCUACUAAUGGUCCAUUUCAUCCGCCAUAAACUGCAGGUUGACUGGCUUUACUAUCUCGCAUUCGGAGUCGAAGCCGUUGGGCUGGUCAUCUACUCGGUGUAGUACGCCCUUUCUCUGAUCCACCCGAAAAGUAUCUCUGGUUCAUCACUCUCACCCAAGUAUGGUCUUGAUCAACACUAAUACCUGUUUCUUAGCAGCGACGCCGGUUCAACCAAGACAGGCCCCGUUGAUGAUGGGGUUUAUGAAGCGCUGACCGAGGAAACCAGCGAGACUUGUGGUUUAGGGGAACAUGGGCAAGAAUGA